GGGGAGGGGGUUUAUAUCCCUACAAAUUAACCCUAAAGAGAAUAUUUAUAAAAAGAAAAAAAAGAAAAAAAAAAGAAAAAGGAAAAUAGAUCAUAGAACGGUUGUCACAGACAAGUGAGCGGGUUUUUCGCGAAAGGGGAGGGAUGGGGGCAAAAGCUGGUGCGGUGACACGUGGAGGUGGGAGAACCAUUAGAUGAGGGGAGAAUUAUAGAUGGGUGUGAUGAAGAUGAUGUGAGCACUUGAGAGUUGGGAUCCAUGGGGAAGGAGAGGAGGAGGAGGAGGAGGAGGAAGAAGAAGAGAGAAAGGGAGUUGGAUGGGGACUUAAAUCGGGUUAUGAGAAAGAGAACAAAAGAGAAAGAGAAAAAAAAGAAAGAAAAGAAAACUGCGCAGAGGAGAGAGAAAGAGAAAGGCAUGGCGGCGUUGCAGAGAGAGGUGUAAUUCUGGGCCAUAAAUGUGGAUGUAUUAGUAACACUGAGAGAAGGAAGAGGCAAAAUUGAAAAAAAGGGGAAUUCAAAGCGUGAUUAACGCUGCCCCCACUAACACCCAGCAGCAGCAACAGCAGCAGAAGCAGCAGCAGCCAGCAGCCAGCAGCAGCAGCCACCAGGCACCAGCAGCUGCAGCAGUUUGAUUAUAAUUCAAGCGCCCCCAAUUCAGGCAGGGGGGGAGGAGGGGUUGGACCCUCUGAUUAUGGAUUUUAGGUCACCCACAAAUUCUGGGUCGGAGCAACAAUGUCUGGCUUCUUCAGUUUAGGUGGAGGAGGAAGAGAAGAGCACCAAGACCAUCAAGACCACCAAGAGCACCAACAAAACAACGACACAAACCCGGAGACCUUGUUUUGGUACAAGGGCAACGUGGAGCUAUGGCAACAACAACACCACCACCACCAGCACCCUCAACAAGAACAGCCUCUCUUCCAAACCCAAUCCCGGACUCCUUACUCCGCCGCACUACCCGUUCGAACCUCCGAUGAGUCCUCCUCCAGAUCGGGCAAUUUCAUGAUGAUUGGGUCAGGAUCCGGGGGAGGAGGAAUCAGCUGCCAAGACUGUGGCAACCAAGCUAAAAAAGACUGUGUCCAUAUGCGGUGCAGGACUUGCUGCAAGAGCCGAGGAUUCCAUUGCGAAACCCAUGUGAAAAGCACUUGGGUCCCUGCCGCCAAGCGCCGCGAACGCCAAGAGAAACUCGCCGCCUUACAAACCCAGCAUCAACUUCACCUUCAUGGCGACAAUAAUCCCAAACGCCAUAGAGAUUAUAACCCCACUUCCUCCUCUUCUCUCGCCUGCACUCUCAUCCCCAACAACACUUCUGGGUUAGAAAUUGGGAAUUUCCCGGCGGAGUUGAACUCACCAGCAGUAUUCCGUUGCGUUCGUGUGAGCUCCACCGACGAAUCCGACGAUCAAUACGCGUAUCAAACGGCGGUCAAUAUCGGAGGACAUGUUUUCAAGGGAAUUCUAUACGAUCAAGGACCCGAAACUAAUUACAUUCCACCAGCUGAGACCUCAUCCGGUGGUGGUGGUGGUGGUGGUGGUGGGAGUAGUAGUGGAGUGCAACCAUUGAAUUUCAUCACCGGCGCCACGGAUGCGACCACCGCAAGCGGUGGUUCCUCCGCCGCAUUACCCUUGCUCGAUCCCUCCUCCUUAUAUUCAACGCCGCUGAAUAGCUUCAUGGCGGGUACGCAAUUCUUCCUACCACCAAGAUCUUAAAAAAAAAAAACAACUACAUUGCUAAGCUAUAGCUACGCAGCUUCAUUUUUCAUUUAACUCUUCCUGAUCUCACGAACUCUUUCUCCAUUUCUGUUUAUUAUGUCUACAUUUCAAUAGAUCUGCUUAAAAUUUGUAGUAAACCCAAAAACAAAACAAAAAAAAAAAAAACCCUUCACUUCAC